GCGUCGACGCGGCCCGCAGGCCACAGGGCACCCCCGCGGCACUUCGCGCCCUGGCCAACGUCUCCGGUGAGUCCAUACGCUCCGCAGUCAGGACCAUCUAUGCCAUCGGCCGGAACUACGUCGCGCACGCUCACGAGCUAGGCAACAAGCCACCGAAGGCUCCGUUCUGGUUCAUCAAGCCCUGGAGCUCCAUAGUGGCGUCUGGGAGUCCGCACCAGUGCGCACCUGGGCGCACGGAAACGCACCAUGAGCUCGAGCUGGGCGUGGUCAUCGGUAGCCUCGCCAAGAGGGUGGCACCGCAGGAGGCCAUGCAGCACGUGGCAGGCUAUUGCCUGGCGCUGGACAUGACGGAUCGAGAAGGGCAGAACCAGGCCAAGAGCGAGGGCAAGCCCUGGGCCGCCUGCAAGGGCUGGGAUACGUCCUGCCCGGUGAGCGGCUUCGUUCCUGCGGAGCGCGUGGCGGACCCCGCGGCGCUACACAUGUGGCUGAAGGUGAACGGCGAGCUCAUAUCGGCACUGAGCCACACCCACACGCUGCACCCGGGAGACCUCAUCCUCACGGGCACCCCCGAGGGCGUCGGGCCGGUGGCCCCGGGCGACGUCAUCACCGCCGGGAUCACCGAGCUCGGGGUGGAGAUCACCGUUCCCAUUGCUGCCUCCGACGGCGA